GGCAGCGGGGGUUAUACACUACUCGGACUUGCGUGAUAUUCUGGGGGGAUUGUCAUGCAAAAGUCAACCGUAUAUCCCAUCACCGUGUGUGUAGAAGCUAGGUCCAACCCGACGAAACUGACGCCAUACCUAUGUCCCCCAAAGUUCAGACGGCAGCUCCCAAGCUCCUUCCUCCAAAAAAAGUGCGGGGUUGCUGUUGCUUCUUUAGCUAGGUCAGGGUAGGGGCUCCUCCCCGGGCUCCUGCCCCAACAGCUGGUAGGUACUGGUCACAAGGCAGCUUGCUCCUGCCGCUCCUUUUAUGUUUUGGGAAGGAACGAGAGGGAAAAAGUGGCAGGAAGGAACCCCGCGUAGGUGCCCGUAGCUCUUGAGGAUUACAAACCAUUUUUUUUUGUAGCCUGCUCGAGGAGCUGGGUCCAAGUCACCACCAUCUGAGGGGCAAACCUAGAGAACAAAUUCCAAGUCGCAACAACUCGAUAACUUUGCAGUGCAGUAAUCAAAUGCAAAGCAGAAUCUGACACAGAUUCCAAUAAUCGACAACUGCGCACAAACAUAACAUCAAGUGUAACCUUCGCUCGGUCCCGGUGGUUAGGGAGCUCUUAUCACCGACAUUACACCACAUCCACUCCGGGGCGGCGGCAAACGGAUAAUCGUCACCAUCCACUGAACAAACAAGCCCAUCCAUCGCCCAACAACUUUCCCCAAAAUCAACCAUUUUUUUCCAAUCAUCAAACUUUGGUUGGAGUGUGUGUGUGUGUGUGUGUGUGUGCGUGUGUGUCGGUUCAUGACAUCAACAUCCUCAACCGCAAGUCACCUCCCGACUUGCCGCCCCACCACCACCUCCUCUUCAUCUAGCACGACAACAACUGACAACGAGAUGGUGGGCAUUUUGAGCCUCCCGCCUGAGAUAUUCCACGGGAUACUUUCCCUUCUUGACCCGAAGGACUUGGGGACCCUACCACGAGUUUGUAAAGGGUUUAGGGAUUUUGUCGAGGGGAAUAACCCGCUUUGUAGGGAUGUUUAUUGCAGGAUUUUGGAUAAACCAGCCUCGGCGACGGGCAUUGAUUUCGUUCAGGAAGUGAGGGAUCUGCUUCAUCUGGAGCAGGUUGUUUCUGCAGGGUGGCUUAUUCCUGAUGAUGGGGACUUUACGAAGACCAAUGAGUUAGCUAUGCGGGAGCUGCCGUUUGUUCAUCGGACUAUAACCAGACUGCUGAGUCAUAUCCCUUCUCUUGAGCAAGGGCUUGAGGAGGGUCCGUCGAGGUUGGUGAAUGCGGAGACGUACCAUCGAUCGGCGACUUGUGAGUAUCUGGCCCGGGUGCUGGAGGAGGCGCCAAGGUCGGCGUUUGAUGAGAAUUGGAAUGGGGUUCUUCAAGGGUUUUUUUACCAGUCGACGAUUUUUAAGAGGAUUCCGAAGCACCCUCAGCGACCUUUUCCUGCCAUCAGCCCGAAGACGGUGAGGAGGUCGUUGGGGGAGGUGGUGGACGAGGAGGAGAGGGAGAGGAGGCGGAUGAGUGCGCAUUUGCAUUGUUUGUUGGGGAUUCAGGACUUGCUGAGAGAUGUCACGAGCGGGAGCUCGCUGAAGAAGUGGAGUUUGCCUGAGAGGGCUUAUGCGACUGCUUGUGCGAAGGUGUAUGAUAUUCGGGAGUAUAAGAGGGAGGAGACGGGUUGGGGACCGUUUUAUACGCCCGAGGGGGAGGAGGGGAAGGGGUUGAGGGUUGAUUGGGAGAAGGCGGAGGCGAUUAUGAUUGUGUUGGGGACGAAUUUGCGGGCGAAGGGGUUGGCGUUUUUUGAUGCGGUGGAGCAUGUCUGGGGGAAGAGGUUUGGGGGUGUGUGGGAGGGGAGUUAUAUCCCUUGGCUGCCGGAGAAUGCGCUUGCCAGUUUGGAGAAUAAGAAGGUGGUGGAGGAGGAGGAGGAGGAAGAGGAGGAGGAGAGGGAGAGGAGGUUGGAGUUGGAGGAGAUUGCAAAGAGGGAUCCGUAUGGGGUCAAGGGGACUUGGUUAAGGGUUGUCUGCUUCCUCGAUUAUACGGAUUUUUUCCAUUUCAACUUUCACAACCACGAGGGGGAGGGCCAGGCGGCCGAAGCGCCGAGGGAGCCGCUGAAUACUGGUGAGGCGGUGAGGCUUAUUCUUAUGAAGGUUCAUGCCACCAAGAUUGAGCCUGCGGAUCCUGAGGCGGGAGAUCAUGAGGGCUGGCCGGUUGUUCAUUUUGAGGGACAGUCUAGGGCGCUGGACUGGUCUUGGGAUGGGAAUGCGGAUUCGGAGUUGAGGGGGACGGUGAGGAUGACGAGGGAGGGGGAGGUGAGGUGGACGACGUAUUCAAUUUAUGACGGGGAGGAGCGGUGGAAGAGCGAGGGGUUCCAGCUUGGUGGGAGGAGGUCUGCCAGGGGUGUUGUUGGGAAUUGGUUUGAUAAGGACUACAGCGAACACGGCCCCUGCGGCCCGACGGCUUUCUGGAAGGUGGCUGACCACGAGUAUGACUCCAACUCGGACGAGACCGGGGAGAUGCUGAACAAUCUGUUGCCACUUCUCGACAAUGACGACGACGACGACGACUCGGACGAUCCGGAUGCUGAGGAGAAUGAGGAUAGCGAUGAGCAUGUGUCUGAGUCGGAUGAAGUUGAUGAGGAGGAGGAGGAGGGGGAAGACGAGGAUGAGGAUUUGGAUCAUGAGCUUGAGGAGGAGCUUGAGACGGAGGCGAUGGGGGUGUUUGGUGGGGGUAAUGCCACUGGCUCGGGUUCACCUCCGGGGCAGGGGUUGCGCGGUGGCGGUGGUGAGAAUGAUGGGGGGAAUGAUGAUAGGGAAAACCGAGACAGGGACGGCCACAGCGAUGUGGCUGGCAGAGAGCACGCGGGUAUUGAACCGCCUUCUGAUGCCGAGUCGAAUGUUGAAUCUGAAGAUGAGGGAUGGCCUUAUGAGGACGGGUAUGAUCAAUAUGAGGAGGAGGAGGCAUAUAUGCAGGAGAUGGCUCAGCUGCCGCGGUAUGAGCUCAAUGCGGAUUACAGGCGGUUCAAUGAUAUGAUGGCGGCGAGGUUUCAAAUCGGGAUGCCGGAGCCUGAGGAUGAUGAGUAUUUGGAGCCGUGAGGACAGUGAUGGAAUAUAACAGAAUGGAAUGGUUACUUAUGGCGAUGGAUUUAUUUGCUUUUAUCUUUUUUUUCAGGGGGAAGGGAUAUGUAUGCAUGACUUUUAUGUUGCUGAUUUUCAUUGCGUUGCCUCGAGGCGU